AUGCCCCCUAAAGCCGAUGACCAUUCGGCGCCCGACUUGGAGAUCACCAAGAGCCAGUUAACCAUUCAUCCCUCAGGAUUCACGGGAGGUCCUGAAACUCAAGAUGAUCAAAUCACCGAGCGCAAUCUGGUGCGCCACAUGGCGCGAUUCCGUGAGAAUCCCUUCGAUUUCCUCCGUGAAGUGAGUCUGUACAUGUCUGGAACAGGGUGGCGUGCAUAUGACGAUGCUAUCGGCCAACCGAUCUUCUAUUCUGGAUUCUCCGAAAAGAUGAAGACAUCGAUUUUGGGCAGUCCGCUGCUACAGAACAAGGUUACCGAGCUAGCGAACCGUCGGCUUACGGUAGAGGAGAAGGAAGGAUUGCUGGCAAUCAAGGAUGGUGCCACACUCGACGACAAACGUGCCCGCCGGCGAACUGAGCUCGAAGGGAAUCUGCGAGAAGUCGUGGAUACGAUGAUGGACGACAUGAUCUGCAAGAUGGAAAGCAAGAAGUUCAUUCGGGGUGCUUAUUACAUGUGCACCCAACUGCUGACGCGCGCUUACCAUCAGGGCAUUCAUGUGUCCAGUGAGGAGGUGUUGCGUUUAAGAUCGGUGGCCGAUGCUGCCGCAAAGAAGAAACAAUCAAUUGUAUUUCUGCCCUGCCACAAGUCGCAUGUGGACUAUGUUUCAUUGCAACUUAUAUGUUACCGCCUUGGAAUUGCUUUGCCAGUUGUGGUCGCAGGGGACAAUCUGAAUAUUCCUCUACUCGGUCCUUUCUUACAACAUGCCGGCGCUAUGUGGAUCCGUCGAAGCUUUGGAAAUGAUCCAUUGUACAAUACUGUUGUGCAGGCUUACAUCGAUACUCUUCUUCAACAAGGAUUCAACUUUGAGUGCUUUAUUGAAGGUGGUCGUUCUAGAACUGGAAAGCUGCUUUCACCCAAGUUUGGAAUUUUAAGUUUCAUCAUGGACAGCUUACUGUCAGGUCGAGUCGAAGAUACGAUCAUUUGUCCUGUCAGUACACAAUACGACAAGGUCAUUGAGACGGAGUCAUACAUUAGUGAGCUGCUCGGCCAACCAAAGGCGAAGGAAAACUUGGCCGAUCUGCUCUCCUCAUCCUCUGUCUUGUCUCUUAAGCUUGGCCGAGUCGAUGUCCGGUUCCAUGAGCCUUGGAGUCUUAGAGAAUUCAUUGGUCAACAGCUUACGCGCCUUGACUUGCCUAGCACUAACAUCAAUAACACACUCAGCUACGCGGACCGUGGCCGUAUCCUUCGAACCUUUGGCUAUCGGGUUUUAUCUGAGAUUAACGAUGUCUCCGUCAUGAUGCCAACCGCUUUGGUAGGAACUGUCCUAUUAACUUUACGCGGCCGUGGCGUCGGAAAAGGCGAAUUGGUACGGAGACUGGACUGGCUUUGCGAGCGGGUCCGGGCCAAAGGUGGCAGGGUUGCUCAUUUCUAUCGGUCCCCGACAGCUAUGGUCGUCGAUCGCGCUCUGGAUGUUCUGGGUCCCAAACUUGUCGGUGUAAUCUCUGGACUGGUCGAACCCACCUAUUAUGCGGUAGAUCGCUUUCAGCUGUCCUUCUAUCGCAACAUGCUUAUCCAUCUCUUUAUCGCCGAGGCGCUGGUCUCUGUGGCAAUGUACACGAAAAUCAAGCAAGGCGGUGGGCCUGCUAAUCAGAGAAUCACUUACGAGGCUUUGAAAACCCAAGUCUCGUUCCUUUCGCAGCUUUUCCGUGGCGAAUUUAUUUUCCCGCCUGAGGGUCUCGCUGCCAACUUUGACAAGACAUUGCGUGAUUUGGAGAAGGACGAUGUAAUCAAGAUCACCCGAGAUGAUUCGAGUACUCCGCUCUAUCUGGAGCUGAGUGAGGCUGAACGACUCUGCGGUCGUGAGAACUAUGACUUCUACUGUUUCCUGAUCUGGCCUUUCAUUGAGGCCUCUUGGCUGGGUGCAGUGUCACUCCUUGGAUUGACACCGCCUCUGGAUAGCCCCAAAGAGAUCUGGAUUGAUUCGAAGAAGGCACAGGACAGUGCACAGAUUCUUGGAAAAACAUUAUAUCACCAAGGAGAUCUUUCUUACUUUGAAGCUGUCAACAAGGAGACUCUGAAGAACUCCUAUCAACGAUUCGAAGAGGAAGGCAUCAUUCUCGUUUCGAAGAACAAAGAAUCACGGACCGGUCCGUCUCUAAGACUCGCACCGGAAUGGGCUCCACACCGGGAUCCCAACACCGGCAAAGUCAUGGACGGUGGGCGAUUAUGGGAUUUCACUGAACUAAUUGCUCAGUCUCGUCGUGAAGGAAAAAAUCGCCGGGACGGUGCAACAGUUUCCUCUCGCGUUCUGACCAUGUCCGAUCUUGUCGGACGUCAACUAUUCUUGAGUGCUGCCGCACCGGCUCCAGCCGAUGUUUCCUCGCGCCAAAUGCGCCGCAAGGCAAUUGCCACAGACGCCAAGCUCUAA